AUGGAUCACUCAGAGCUCAUGAGGAUCUAUCCUGUGUGUCCCAAGCCAACAUGCGGCAAGCAAUACACGACGGAGCAACUUUACCAGCUACCCAAACCUCGUUGCACUUGGAACGUUGGAGAACGGUGCCCCGGUGUUCUAUACACAGAGCGUUUACUUGCCGAUGGUACUAUCAAGCGUAGCCCGUCCAAAUUGUUUCCUUACAUCCCUCUCCCUGCUGCUCUCGGUCGUCUACUGUCCCGCCCUGGUAUGUCUGAGCUUUGUCAACACUGGCGUAACAACGACAACCCCAAAGAUGAACCAACCAAAAACCCACCAAGACCCCAGGAUCCUGUGGAGUGGUUUGAUGACAUGCCAGCCAACCAACGGUUUUCGGACAUCAGCAAGGGAUGGGGAUGGCGGGCGCAUGCGACGGGACUCACCCAACAAUUUAUUGACGGCGACCUUACACUUAAUGCGGAUGGAUACCAGGCAAACGGAGGCAAUUACACUGCCGGUGGAAGUUAUACUUCCAACGGAGUGUAUAUUGUUAUCAAUAAUCUUCCUUAUUUUGAAUGGAAUUUAUUCGAAAACACGAUCCUUGCGAUGGUACUCCCUGGACCAACGGAGCCUAAGGACUACGCGUUCAACCAAAUGAUGGAGCCUCUUAUAGACAAUCUAAUUUCUCUGUCUAAUGGCGUUGAUUUGCCGGUGCACGAUGCCGAGACGGGGGAAAUUCAAGACCGACGCGUUUACGCAAACUUAUUGGUCCUUGUGGUUGAUUGGAUCGCGCGCAUCAAAUGUACAGGUCAUGUCGGUGCUACUGCGGAGGAAAAUCACUGCCCAUAUUGCAAGCUACGGGCCUGUUUGCUGUCGACUGGGCGAGGCUAUGACCAUGAAGGCUAUGAUCUUUGCGAUCCACACAAACAUUUGCAGGAUAAGCACCAAUGGCUCCGUGCGGAAUGGCACAAACGCAAUGACAUCCGUAAUGAGACCGGGACAACGUUUACCGAACUAGACCGGCUCUCCGGUUUCUACGCAUUUGAUAAUGCGCCCACUGAUGUAAUGCAUUUGGUAGAUCUUGGGCUCACAGAGGCUAUCAAAACCUGCCGCCGGCUCCCUACCCAUGCUCAAGGGUUGAAGGGACGCGUUAAGGCCGACCAGCGGCGCCUCUCGCGCCUUAUCAUGAUCGGCUCGUAUUUUGAGGCCUGGCGUGUGGGCAACUCAAUCCCUGAUGGGGAUAUUCCUCGCGGCAGCGAGAGGUCAAAGCAUUACAAGGCCCAGAAGGCCAAUGCAAAGGCUUUUCGUAGACGUCGGAACCAUGUCAACGACUUGGAUGGGGGCAAGCUUGACAAAGUGCCUCCUUGGCAUGAAUUCAUGCCAUUGCGAAACCCUCGCAAUUGGUUUGCAAAUCUAUUACGGUUCUGUUUACUUGAACAGGUCGGCACGGUGUUCACUGAUAUGAAUAUCCACCUCACCCCAAGUUUCCACGCCAUUACUCACUUGCCUGACCACCUCUAUAAAUAUGGAAGUGUUUACAACACUUCAACUGCCCAAUUUGAGCGUGCAAACCAAAUGCUCAUCAACGUCAACAAGAAUGGGCAUGGAGGUGGAGAAAUUGAAGCAACAAUGGCAAAGGGGUUUAUGCGUUGCGUUGAGUGUUACCGCUAUAUUAACGAAUUACAAUUGAUUGAAAGGCCAACCGACGACAAUACGGCAACCACAAAACUUUUAUUACAGGGCAUGAGAGACGCCCCGGAACACGAAGUUCAGCAUGGUCGGCUGGACGCAAUUCUGGCCGGGGACGCCCAAUUUCUUGAACAAGAGCACAUUCGGUUGGCAACCGCCCCCGCCAAAGUCAACUUCCAAGAUCACAAGCACCGGGGAUAUUAUAAUCUUAUGGUUGAGUAUUGCAAUAAUCACCGCCCUGUAGGUCUGCACAAUGUUCGCUUUUACGGCCGAUCCACUCUUACUUACCCCCACUUCCGUUGGUACGGCGUUCGGUACGGCUCGGCAAACCAUACCCAAGGAUUUGGUUCACGCUACGGUUAUAUCGGCGACCAAGUACCUGUGAUCAUUCAGGGUAUUUACAAAUCGACAGUGGCUGUUCUGGGCGAGGAGCACAAGUUUCUGGCUGUCAUGGUUCAGAGAUUUGUUGCUCCGGCAGAACCACCAGCCUUCCCAUGGAAUCAUUGGGAUCAUAUUCUUGGAAUCGGCGCAUGGGAAUACCAAGAGCUCCAGCCAGUGGAAGCAGUGCCGGCAACCGCAUUUACCGGCCUCUUUGCGCUUUCCAAUAUCGAGAUGUCAUACGGGCGCUUUUGGCUUACUUUUGCAAUGAUAACAACAAGGCCCGACAACUUGAUGGAUGGAGACAACAUGCGCGUUGAUGACUAA